CGCGUGGGCGGGGCUUCCCAGCCCUUAAGGCACGGCGACACUCACCGGCCCAGGAGUCACUCGGCUUGCGCCAGGCGCCUCUCUUCUCUUGUGCCUUCUUCCUCCUUCGGCCGGCACCUGUGCCUUCUCUCUCCCCGAUCUCUCUCUCUGAUCUCUCUCUCUCUUGCCAUACUCCCUCGCCCAUCCUCCCAUGGAGAAGGGGAAGGACAAGCUCGCCGGCUUCCUGCCGCCCUUCAAGAACUUCGCCACGCAGGCCAUCCACGCGGGGCAGGAGCCCGAGCAAUGGAAGUCCCUGGCCGUGGUGCCCCCCAUCUCGCUCUCCACCACCUUCAAGCAGCACGCGCCCGGCCAGCACAGCGGCUUUGAAUAUAGUCGUUGUGGAAAUCCAACUCGUGAUUGCUUAGAAAAAGCUGUGGCAGCACUGGAUGGAGCCAAAUAUUGUUUAGCAUACGCUUCUGGAUUAGCAGCUACCCUGAACAUUGCACAUCUACUAAAGGCAGGAGAUACUAUUGUUUGUACAGACGAUGUCUAUGGAGGUACCAAUAGAUAUUUCAGUAAAAUGGCAUCAGACAUGGGCCUGAAAACUGUUUUUGUCGACUGUACCAAACUGGAAAGCCUUGAUGCUGCAAUCACACCUCAGACCAAGCUUGUCUGGAUUGAAACUCCCACAAAUCCAAUGUUGAAAGUUAUUGAUAUUCAAGCGUGUGCCAAGGUUGUCCAUAAACACAAAGGAGUUAUUUUAGCCGUAGAUAAUACCUUUAUGUCUGCAUAUUUCCAGCGACCUUUAGCUUUAGGAGCAGACAUCUGUAUGUACUCGGCAACUAAAUACAUGAAUGGUCACAGUGAUGUUGUAAUGGGAUUAGUCUCAGUAAACGAUGAUGGUAUCCAUGAAAGACUCAGACUCUUGCAAUAUGCCCUUGGAGCGGUUCCAUCUCCUUUUGACUGCUACCUUUGCAACCGGGGUUUAAAGACGUUGCCGAUCCGCAUGAAACAACAUUUCCAGAAUGCAUUGGCUGUUGCCCAGUUCCUUGAGUCAGAUCCUAGAGUUGAAAAAGUCAUAUUCCCUGGCUUGCCGUCACACCCGCAGUUUGAGGUGGUGAAACGCCAGUGCACAGGCUGCCCAGGGAUGAUUUCGUUUUACAUUAAAGGAAAUCUUGUGAACGCCUCCACAUUUCUCAAAAACUUAAAGCUUUUUGCCUUGGCUGAAAGUCUGGGAGGCUAUGAAAGUUUAGCAGAGCAUCCUGCCAUCAUGACUCACGCUUCAGUUCCUAAGGCAGACAGGGAAAGCCUUGGAAUCACUGACACGUUAAUUCGCAUGUCUAUUGGUUUAGAAGACUCGGAAGACUUACUGGAAGAUCUGGCCCAAGCUCUGAAGGCAGCAGUUCCUGAUUUCAAAAUCCGUAACUAAGAGAUUAGGGCUCAGAUGGCAACGGGAUACCAGCACACCUGUAACAUGAAGGAAACAAAUGGGAUGUUCAGCUACUCAUGAAAUUUCACUGGAUUUAAUUUCUUUAAAAUGCAAACUUAGAUUUUAACAUUCUCUAAGCAAGCCAAGGGUGCUUGCCCAUUGAAAGAGGGAAUGCCUUCAGAGGUGUCAUCUCUAUCAUUUCUUGAUUAGCAAAUUUAAAAGCUAAAAUCAACCCUUCUUUUCGUACAGCAGCAGCUUUUGGAUGGCUGUGAUUUAUGCUCAGGAAUGUUAUGUCCCAUUGGCACUUAAUGAUAUUUAAAUGUAUCAUAUGCUGAUGUAACAUAGUGGCUGAAUUACAACAUUAGGCAGUCCUCGGUUCGAGUCUUGCCUAUGUUAUGAACCUCACCAGGUGGCCUCAGGUAAACUACUCUUCUCAGCUUUAGUUCCUCCAUCUGCAGUAUGGAAGACAAUAAUGAACUACAACUAAAUUCUAUGCCUGGAAUACUUUGAAAUCUUAGAAGGUGCAGUGGUAUGUACAUUUAGAAGACUACUACAGUUAUGCCAGUACUCUUUUCCUUCUACCUUUUUGUGCUGCUGAAGUAAAACAAAAGAGUUCAUAUCUGAUUCAGAAAAGGACAAGUUCAAAUGCAAAAUGUAGCCUCUGAUUGGCCUCUUAGGCCAGAUGUUAUUUCUCUUUUCAAUAUAACACUGAAAAUGGGGGGGGGGGGGAGUCUGUUGCAUGGCACCAUGUCAGUUGUUGUUGUUUUUAAAGAUACUGUAUCUGUUUGGAACAUAAAUUUUCUCCUGUUUAGAUUUCUGGUCUUUGCAUAGGCCGUUUGUGCUUUUGAAUUUUAAAAUCUUUGCUCCAGCAUCUGUGACUGACAUAUGAGAACUGUUUCCAUAAGCAACGCAUUUUUUCUAUAAUGUGUACUUCUCAUAAAUUAUAUAAAGUUGAUUGGUUUUCAUUUUUUGCUGGAGUUUCUUUGAAACAGCAAAUGAGCAACCAGUGAAAGCUGAAGAUAAAAUUGACUGAAUAUUUUAUUACUUGAGCAGUAAAAAAUACAACCCACCCCUAUGAAAGAAAGGUUGACACAAUUCACUUCUGAGUCUAGAAUGGUGCUCUGGAAGAAUGAAGGAUAGACUGAACAGCUCCUGACACUGAAGGGAAAAGCUAGUGUUGAAGUAAUGGUGCCAUACACACACUGGAGCAUCCCACAGUUAAAUACCACUGGGUUGUAGCUAAUAUUACUAUUUCAAGUAUAUUGUAAUUUAAAAUGUUUCACUGUCAUAAUGCACAAAUGCAUAUGCUUGAUCAUACUGUCAACAGAAUCACAGAAUAUGUUCUCUAAUAAAGACCACAAUAAGGUUUGGA